ACGAUGGCCACAUUGAAUUUGACAAGCCUCAAUUCAGGCUCCUUCAUUUUGGUGGGGAUUCCAGGACUGGAACAGUUCCACAUCUGGAUUGGGAUUCCUUUCUUUGCUAUCUACCUUGUGGCCCUUGCAGGUAAUGGCAUCCUUCUCUACCUCAUCACAGUGGACCGCAGCCUCCAUGAACCUAUGUUCUUCUUCCUCUCAAUGUUGGCCUCUACAGACCUCCUCUUGUGCAACACAUGUGUUCCCAAAACACUUGGCAUAUUCUGGCUCAAAGCUCAAGGAAUCACAUUUUCUGGUUGCCUCACCCAGUUGUUCUUUCUCCAUUUCAGCUUUUUUCUGGACUCGGCCAUCUUGUUAGGCAUGGCAUUUGAUCGUUACAUGGCCAUUUGCUCUCCUUUGAGAUAUGCCAGUGUCUUGACGCCAAAGACAAUUAUCAAGAUCAUGGUGGGUAUGGUUGCUAGGAGCUUUGCUGUCAUUUUGCCUGUUGUUUUCCUUGUGAAGCGUUUACCUUUCUGUGGGUCACAUAUUAUCCCUCACACAUACUGUGAGCACAUAGGGGUGGCCAGACUUGCCUGUGCUGAUAUUGCCAUCAAUAUCUGGUAUGGCUUAUCUGUGCCUCUGUUGACUCUUAUCUCAGACUUGGUCUUCAUUGGCAUUUCCUAUACUUUCAUCCUUCGUGCUGUUUUCCGUCUUCCAUCCAGAGAUGCCCGUGAGAAAGCGCUCAGCACCUGUGGUUCUCACGUCAGUGUCAUUCUCAUAUUCUAUGCACCAUCCAUAUUCUCUAGCCUUACUCAUCGCUUUGGUCACAAUAUCUCUCUCUCCUUUCACAUCAUGUUUGCCAACUUCUAUGUGGCAAUCCCACCCGCACUCAAUCCCAUUAUUUAUGGGGUAAAAACAAAGCAGAUCAGGGACAAGGUCAUCCUUCUAUUUUUUCCUAAAGGGAUGCAGUGA